UAGGUUUUUGCUUUGUGCUAUGACUUUUAUGUGUUCAAUGCUGGGGUAUUUUUUUACGUGAAGAAAAUGACUCGCAUUACAAAUCAUUCAGCCACUUCACGUGGAUUAGUAAGCUAAGUGGCAGCUGUGAGGGGGUCUGGUUAAAGCACACAUCUUGAUCAAGUUGUCGUGGCAACACAGGUUUACUUUCGUCCUUAAAAUUAAACAUUUCAGCGGCAAGGUGUUUUUCACCAGAGCAUUGUCUGCCUGGAGCUCAUCAACAGUAAGGUGCCGUUUCUCGGAGUGGGGUCAUCGUCCUUUGACGAUUCUGCAAGGAUGGAACAUUGGACGCUCAUUCAACUCAGGGCGGCGGUCUAGGCUUACUCAUUAACCCCGAAUCUUGGUAUAAAGCCGGCGGUGAGUGCCCAUGCUGGUCCCAUACCUUCAAGUGACACUUGGUGUCUCUGAGCAGGCGUAUUGAGAGGUCACAGUGAAAAACCAGACGUCUUCUGCCAUGGGUUGUCUUCGUGCCUUUUGGAGGUACCGCAAAUUCCUCAUCGUUGUCUUGACGCCUCUACUCCUCCUGCCUCUUCCACUUGCCAUCAAAACACCGGCGGCUCAAUGUGGCUACACCCUCAUCGUGACGGCCGUCUACUGGAUCUCGGAAGCCGUUCCACUUGGGGCUGCGGCCAUGGUGCCAGGAUUCCUCUUCCCUCUCUUCGGCAUCCUCAAGUCGAGCGAGGUGGCCGCUGAGUAUUUCAAGGAUUUCCACCUGUUGCUGACGGGAGUCAUCUGCCUGGCAGCUGCCAUCGAAAAGGCCAACCUGCACAAGCGCAUCGCUCUGCGUAUGGUGAUGGUCGUGGGCUCCAACCCGGCCUGGCUCAUGCUGGGCUUCAUGGUGACGGCCGCGUUCCUCUCCAUGUGGCUGAGCAACACUUCCACGGCGGCCAUGCUCAUGCCCAUCGUGGAGGCCAUGCUGGUGCAGAUCAUGAACGCGGAGGCGUCUAUCGACAGCCAGGAGCACGGAGAGGCGGAGGGCGCCUGCCACGUCAACGCCGCCGUCGUGGACGAAGAGUUAGAAUUUCAAGAAACCGAAAUGCAAGAUUCGUUGGAAAGAGUUGACGUCGAGUAUUGUACCCUUGACAGCGACACGGACAUCAAGAAGGUUGUCAACGGAGAGGUGUGCAGCACUGUAGGAUCAAUUAAGGUGGAAGGAGACGUGGAGGCCCCUGCGGUGCCGAGCCGAUACCACUCGGAGAGCCAGCAGAUGCUGUGCAAGUCGCUGUCGCUGUGCGUGGCGUACGCCUCCACCAUCGGCGGGAUCACCACCAUCACGGGCACCUCCACCAACCUCAUCUUCGCCGAGCAGUUUAACACGCGCUACCCGGGAUGCGACUGCAUUAACUUUACCACCUGGAUUAGCUUCUCAUUGCCAAUUUCGUUCAUCAUCCUCAUUCUCAGCUGGGUCUGGAUGCACAUCAUCUUCCUCGGCUUCAACUUUACGCACAUGUUCAAAUGCGCAAAAACCGAAAAGGAAUUGGCCGCAGAAGCUGUCAUCAAGAAGGAAUAUCAGCAGCUCGGUCCCUUCAGCUAUCAAGAGGCGGUGGCUGCGAUCAUCUUCCUGUUGAUGGCCAUCCUGUGGUUCACGCGUGAACCGGGCUUCAUGCCCGGCUGGGCCUCCGUCAUCGGACCGAAAGGAUAUCAGGGAGAUGCCACUCCGGCCCUCCUCCUUGGCUUCCUGCUUUUCAUCAUCCCUCAGAUGCCGCCACGAUUCGUCACCCUCUGCGGAUACGCAGGAAAUGUCGAGACGGGUGGAGAGGGCCGCUCCGAUUCCUCCUUCACGCCCAUGAUCUCAUGGAAGGACUUUCAGCGCUGCAUGCCCUGGGAAGUGGCCUUCCUCGUCGGAGGAGGAUUCGCCCUGGCAAGGGGCAGUGAAGUGUCAGGGCUGUCAGAGUGGAUUGGCAGCAAGCUCGUGUCUUUAAACACCAUGCCCGUGUGGCUGAUCAUCCUCCUGACCUGUCUCUUGGUCACCACUGUCACUGAGGUGGCCAGCAACCCUGCCACCAUCACCCUGUUUCUGCCCAUCCUCUCCAGUUUGGCAGAGGCCAUUCAAGUGAACCCACUGUUCAUCUUGAUCCCUGCCACCAUCUCCACCUCUUUCGCCUUUCUCCUCCCCGUCUCCAACCCGCCGAAUGCCAUCGUAUUUACAUACGGUCACCUCAAAGUCACCGACAUGAUGAAGGUCGGCUUGGGGAUUAACAUCAUCGGAGUCUUGGUGGUCAUGUUGGGGAUCUUCACCUGGGGCAUCCCCUUGUUUGACCUGAAUACGUAUCCCGACUGGGCACCAAGCACAAACACCACAAUGCCUUGAAAGUUUUUGGAAGGUCGGGGUAGCGCAGUGCACGUCACUGAACUCUUGGAAGCCUGCGACGGUUUGCGAACGCAAGGCAUCGCGUUGGUCUCUCAAAGUUGCGGACGAGAGAACGAAGCAUUGUUGAGAUCAAAGCAGUCUUCCCAGGGCAGUUUGAAUGUAUUUUUUUUUUGCCACUGAAUAUUUUUUUGGAGGAAAAAGAUUGCUGGAGCUAAUAAACUAUGCCUGUGUGUUCUGAACAAUAUCAUGAGGUAUAUUAUUUUCAAUUGUCUUCAACUGAAUGCAGCGCGGUUCAUUUUCUUCCAUCUACUAUGUAUUUUGAAUGCACUUGACAUGACACAUGUGAGAAUCUAUUUUGGUUGAUAAAGUCCAUGUUCUGGACCUUUUUUCUAAUCUUGAUAGAUCACAUGAUAAUGUCGAAAAAUGUAGCUUUGCACAUACUUUUAGAUAUUACUUGCAACGACAACGCGUAUAGAAAGAUUUUAGAAAUACAGAGAAACAAUGCUUGUACGUAAAUUAUAUUAAUCAGUAAAUCCAGCAUAUAUGAUGUGAUUAAGACUGUUUAAAUUAAAUUAUGAAAAAAAUACACGAGUAUAUUAGCAAUUUUUUUACAGUAUAAACUUGUAUUUUCAAAGAAAACAUCAGAAAUCAAUUAUUUUAUCACGAUCGUUUGCAUAUUGCUGCAGGUUUCCACGAUUGUGUGGUUUUUGGGUUGCACUGCAUCUUGUUUUGCAUGACGUCUGACGUUUCACUCCACGUGCUGGGAGCUCAUUCAGGAAUUGAAAUUCUUCAAAGCUUUUGCCUAGCACAUGGAGCGAGUCGUCAUCAGACGCAAUGCCGUACAAACACGCGGUAACAAUCCGAAAACUCAUCGUAGGGCUAAGAGUUUUGAUUUCAAGUAACACGGCUGCUUCCAGCAAUGAAAGGCGUUACCAAAUGAAAUUUGGUUACCUGUGAGUUGUAUUGACAGGGUCUAAAAGGUGCUGUGUUGUGCAUCAUUUGGACUAAAUGAUGCACGUUCGUCUUUGAAACUGAUAUUGCUGUAAACUGUUUGUAAUACAGAUCUUGACGACCUCAUUUGUAAAUAUAAAGAGAGCAUAUUACUCCUUUAUUCUAUGUACAUAAUUUCGUAGAAAAAAAUAAAGGCUUCUUGUUUUAUA